AUCAAACACGAAAUCGUUGCAGCCAGUCAAUGUUUGCUGCCCACCCUACCUCUGGUCGUUGCGACUCUUAUCAUUCAGCCGGGAAGUGGUGGUCAGCUGCUUGCUUGCUCUGCUCACAAGAGUCUAUCCUCUACAACCGGAAACACAUUAUACGCACCCCCUCCCCCUUUUCCUCCCCCACCCAUCAGCAGCCACGUCAGCCACCCUGUGUGAUUCCUCGUGUCCUCUGCGAGCCGUCGCAUGAACGAGCUGGCCGUCCUGUGCAAAUUCACCUUCUUGGGGGUGGUGGCCUUCGUCUCUGCGCCCAGAGAUGACAUCGUCGAGGGCAUCGUGAUUGUGGCGGGCGGCUGUGAGGGUGUGGCUGUGGCUGUGGCUGUGGGUGCGGGGCUUGUCUCUGUCACGGCCAUUGGCAAGGGGGGUGUGGUUGACACGGAUGGAGCGAUGUCAGUGGGCGAUGAGGAGGUGGGCAGGGGUUUCUCGAUGGUCGGUGGCUGCUGAUUGGUACCAUUGGUGCCGCUAAUGCCUAUACACCCACACACACACACACACACAGAGAGAGAAAGAGGGAGAGAGACAUGUGUGGGUGCGUGCAGCGAGUUUGUGUUGCCAUGGACUGACGGUGACCUCUCUCCUGCGCCCGCUGGUCGACCUCUUUUAUGUAAUCCUCAUACUUUUCCGGCACCUGCACCACACACACACACACACGCAUGCACGAUAUAUGGGCCCUGGCUCGACUCUUGUCAGCUCAGCUCAGCCCAGCUCAGCUCGGCAACAAGAGCCCACCCACAUACGGAAUUGUGCGGUGCCACUGGUGGGUGUGGAUCAAGAGCGUCCUUCGGCGCCUGCACACACCAUCGCCAGGAAACAAGUUUAAGACCCGAUCGUGUUGAACGUGCUCCGGCAACACACACAAGACACACCAGCAGUGGCGGCGGCUGUGGGUCAUAUGGCGUCACGACCCUGUCCUGUGGCGCAUCGCGUGGCGCGCACGGCUCGGACUCGGGCGCACAGGGGCUCAAAUCUGCAGCCACCAUCCACAACACACGGAAAGAGAGAGAGAGAGAGAGAAGCCGUCCGGUCAUUUGGGUGUGGACUGUGGGUGUGGUGUGUGUGGCGGUGUGUGUGGCGGUGGAUGUACCGUCGUUGAUGUAGGGGUAGGGGGGAGAUGAUGCCUGUGCGCGGCCACUGGCAGCCAGAUCAGCAGCGUCCCUGCACCAUAGGAUGGCCAAAGGGCACACACGCACAUAUAUGCGCUGCGGUCACGUGCGAGGUGCGGCGAGGUGGGGGGUGUUUCUGCGCUGCAUUCCCACUCACCCAUCGAUGAAGCUGACCGCCAAAAACACUGCAAACAGGGCAAGGGCGCUCAUAAUCCCCCGCGCACGCUCUGACCUUUUUACAUGGUCAUGUAAAUCCAU